GUCAAAGAACGCACGUCAAUCCCUUAUUUGAACCACUCCGGGCUCCCAACCUUGACCCUGGCUGCCGCUGUUUUUAGCGCCGACGCCAGACAGUCAGCACGCGGUCGCCAUUGUAUUGAAACGGAUGGCUGGGAGAAUUCAUAUCAAUUUGAGCGCCAGCCUUGUAUGGAAGGAAUAAGUUGCCGAUUAACAACCGCAUAUCAGGCACUGAACACCACAGGGGCCUUGUGAGGUUUGGCCGCCUCCCUUACGCAUCGCCCCUCCUGCCACGCAAACCUAGUGAUGCAGGCCAUGCGAGGGCCCCAUUCCAUGGUCUCCAUUGUGCGCGAGACUGGUGAAGACUGCUGAGAUCCCUAUCUGCCGAUAGCCGAAGGUGUCUAGCGGUUGGUUCGCGCAGCAAGCCGCCGACCAAUCGCUCCAAGGAGCGUGGGGAGGCUCGUCGCAGGUAGACCUUUCACGUCAUCCCUGGCGCAAGCAAUAAGUGUUGGGCAUGGCGGACCCUUUCGAAGUCCGGGUGCGCUUCAGCUCCCAGUUGCAAAACCUCAAUGCCUCGGUUGCGUCGGCCCAAAAGGCAGCCGCCUACGCGCUCAAGUACAAAGACUUGGACGAGGAUCUGCACUCGUGUAUCCUGGAGCAGCUCGAGAAGCCCGAAACUCCGGUCAACACGAGGGCCAACAUCAUGUACUUCAUCGAGCACUUUCUUGAAAUCGCGCUCAAGGAGGGCAAUGUCGACUAUGCCCGCAUGCUGCAGCGGGAUAUCAUCCGCGUCGUUGACGCCGUCGCCCCAGAGAACGGGUCCGGCGCCGCCAACGUCAAGGUUGUCCGUAAGGUCCUGCAAGGCUUACAGAACAAGAGCUUCCUCGAAGCACAGACCGUCAGCGAAAUUGACGAGGUCCUGCGAGAACGGGAGACGGCGACCCACUACAUCAGCAUGUCUUCACCCGCACAUGGCGAUGACGACAUGGGCGACAUGCCCCCGUCCCAGACUAUCCCCCGGGCGGGCAGGGGUCCGGCACCGCCGCGGCUAGAGAGGAAGCAAGUUGAGCAGCGCAUAGAGGAGGACCGCGAGCGCCACAAACGGUUGCGCGAGGAUAUCUGGGCAAUCCCGAAGGAGGGGUACGACGCCGAGAUGGAGAAGAUGUGGGAGGAGACCAGCGACAUGGGCGAGGAUGACCACAUAAUGGGCGACGAGGAACGCCUCGAGCGUCUGGAGUGGCUUCGCAGAUCAUGCGCGCACCAACAGGCCGCGGCGCAGACCAAUGGCCAAGCUUCGAAAUAGCUGAUGUACCUAUCUGGUGCGGACAUCGUGGAGGACGAUCAGGAGGCAUGGGCUUCACCUGCGGGACACGAAUCCCACCCCGCACAUAACCAAACGGGGAUAGGAAGAGGAGACAUGCGUGGUGGGAUAUGGGCACAGAAGGCUUUAUAGCGUAAUGAUACAUCUGGCAUGUUCCUACAGUUGGUGUUGUGGCUGUAA